AAAGGUUACAAUUUAGAAAGAAAGAAAGAACUGUUUUUUUUCCUAAUAAAUCAAUUUUGUUUUUGUCUCUUACUCUUCUCUUACCUCAGUCAUUGAUUUCUUUUUCACCAUCCAAAACCAAACCCUCGUUUCAGUUUCACUCCAAUUCUCUGUAAUGUGAGCUCAACCACCAACAAAUACAUUCCUCGUGAGUUUUACAGUGAGUUUUUCUUUCCCCUUUCAAAGGAGGAUAUUGUUCCCAUUCAAGAAAAAUGAAGCAUGCUUUAAUCAAACUUAACCUUGAUGAUUCUCAUAUUAGUGAGAAUUCAAAAAGUUGUCAUCCUGACGAUAAAAUAACAAGGUUAGAAAGGCGAUGGAGGAGACGGGAGGCCAGAAAUGAUAGUUUGAAGAACAACCAUGUUGCUAGUGCUACAAGGACAACUACAAAUAUUUGUGGAAAUACAUCUGUUUCAAUCGAUAAAAAGGAUCAUAUGAUAGAUGACGCGAUAGAUGAUGAAAUAGAUGAAGAUUGGGCAAAAUAUUUGGCUACAUAUACUGGUGAUGACGAUGAUGAAGUGGAUUCAGACUACGAAGCCUAUUUGGCUACAUAUAAUGAUGAUAUUGAAGCUGAUAGUGCUAGUAAUCAAAGUGGUGACAAUGAAGUGGAUCCGGAUUAUGGAGCCUAUCUGGCUAAUAGUAACCUUGAUAUUGGAGCUGAUCGUGCUAGUAAUCAGAGUUGUGACAGUGAUGAAGUGGAUCCAGAUUACGGAACCUAUCUAGCUACAUAUAAUCCUGAUGUCGAAGCCGAUAGUGCUACUAGUAAUCAGAGUGGUGAUAGCGAUGAAGUGGAUCCAGAUUACGCAUCCUAUCUGGCUACACUUAAUCCUGAUUUUGAAAUUGAUUGUGCUAGUAAUCAUAAUGAUGGUUCAAACAUUGACGCCGACUUUGGCAAUGACAAUGUCAAUGAGGAAAUAGAAGAAGAUGAAGAUGAUCAGUUACUACGAAAAAGGUCAAGUGUUAGGCGAACCUCACUAGUUUCUGAUCAGGCGUUUGAUACUCCUAAAGUGGAGGAUAAUGUUGAUGAUGAGGAGGAGUAUUUUCGUGUUAAGAAUCCCACAAACACGCCCAAUGUGGAGGAUAGGAGUAAUUCCUAUGAUUCUGAUCUAAUUGUUAUGGAUUCUAUUCCAGUUUGUGAAAACACUCCGUUCAUUUCUUCAAAAGCAUAUGAUUUAUCUUGUUUUGGAGAAGAAAUGAACCCCGACAACAUGCACAACAACAUGCAAAUAUCUGCAUGUUAUGAUUCUCAAUUUAGGAGAAGUCUUAUGGAAUGUCUUGACAAGCCUUAUGACCAAGAAGAGUAUGAUCUCCUUAAGCUCGACAUAUCUAAGCGACGUUUGAAAGAACGCCAUGUAGAAACACGGCAGGGGGUGGUUAAAUCAUAUCUCUCUAAAGGUGUUUGCAAAUCUUAUCUUGAUCAGUACCCUGAUAUAGCCAAAACUAUUGCUGAGGUGUCCAAGGAAAAGCAUAGGGUUUUGUUUCUCUUGCGUGGAUUUUUUUUCUACAUGAAACAAAUCAACCACCCAGGACGAUUUCAGCCUUGGCUUGACGAAAAAUGUUUGGAGAUAUUGCGAAAAAUGUAAAAAUGGAAUCUCUUGUAUCUAGAUAGGCAACAAAUGUUGAUGUGCAAUUAAAUUUAUCACUGAACUAUGACACAUUAUGUACUAUGCAGUAGCUGAAUUUCUUUCCAAUUUUCUGAUCCUUUUUUUGUCUCUUUUGCUGCACCAUUAAGAAUUAGAGGAAAAUGGUUUGCACA